UGGUCGUGAACAAACACUUGUUCUAUUUCCCCUUGUCGCUGCAUCUUCAUCCAUCGAUUUCUCAAUUAGGGUUCGGAUCUUUCUUCUCAUUGUUGUUCUCCUUCUCCGGUUUCGUCUCACGUUGGCGAUUUUACCGGAACAGAACAAAAGCUUUAUUUAUCCAGCUUAAAGGUGGAUUCUUUUCAAGGUGUAGGAAAGUAUGGAUGGCUCAGAGGAUGCUUCUGUACUUCAAGAGCCUCCUGACCCAGAAGUGCUCGAAGUUGAUCCAACUUAUCGCUAUAUAAGGUAUAAAGAGGUUAUCGGAAAAGGCGCAUUCAAGACAGUGUAUAAGGCAUUCGAUGAAGUAGAUGGAAUUGAAGUCGCGUGGAACCAAGUUCGAAUAGAUGAUGUUUUGCAGUCACCGAAUUCCUUGGAGAGGCUGUAUUCUGAAGUGCGUCUUUUGAAAUCACUGAAGCACAGUAAUAUCAUUAGGUUCUAUAACUCAUGGAUCGAUGAUAAGAACAAGACAGUUAACAUAAUUACCGAGCUAUUCACUUCAGGGAGCCUCAGACAUUACCGUAAGAAACACAGAAAGGUGAAUAUGAAGGCCGUGAAGUGUUGGGCGAGACAGAUUUUAAUGGGUCUGAGAUAUCUUCAUAGUCAAGAGCCACCGAUUAUACAUCGGGAUCUCAAAUGUGAUAACAUCUUUAUCAAUGGAAAUCAUGGAGAAGUGAAAAUAGGAGAUCUUGGUCUUGCCACUGUGAUGGAGCAAGCUAAUGCCAAAAGUGUGAUUGGAACCCCCGAGUUUAUGGCACCCGAGCUUUACGAUGAGAACUACAACGAGCUGGCUGAUAUUUAUUCAUUUGGGAUGUGUAUGUUGGAGAUGGUGACAUUUGAAUACCCUUACUGUGAAUGCAGAAACUCUGCUCAGAUAUACAAGAAGGUCUCAUCGGGAAUAAAACCUGCUUCACUCUCUAGGGUUCAAGACCCAGAAGUAAAGCAGUUUAUUGAGAAAUGCUUGCUUCCUGCAUCCGAGAGGCUGUCAGCAAAAGAGCUUCUAUUGGACCCUUUUCUUCAUGUGAAUGGUUUAACAAUGAACAACCCUUUGCCACUUCCGGACAUUGUAAUGCCCAAAGAAGGUGCGUUUGGAGAACGUUGCCUUAUGUCUGAAGGCCCUCCUACAACACGGCGUAGUAGAGCCAUGUCUAUAGAUCUCGAUGAAGACAACAACCUGCCGAUUGUUACUUUUAGCGACAACUCUGGAUCCAGGUGUAUUGAGGUCAGACGUGCAAAGAGAGGGAAUUUUUUUGUCCUCAAGGGUGAAGAAAACGAUGAACACUCUGUGUCGCUAAUUCUUCGUAUAGUAGAUGAGAAUGGACGUGUGAGGAACAUUCAUUUCCUGUUCUAUCAAGACGGUGACACUGCUUCCAAGGUGUCGAGUGAGAUGGUUGAGCAACUCGAGUUAACUGACCAGAACGUCACGUUUAUAGCUGAACUGAUUGAUAUAUUACUUGUCAACAUGAUACCCACCUGGAAAACCGAUGUCACAGUCGAUCAUCUCAUUCAUUCGCAACUGAAUCAGAGUUCAAGAAGUCACCAGAACGAAGCAAAGCCACAGAAACAAGAGGAGACCGCUUUUCAUGAUGCUUGUGAGUCGGUUAGUCACUCUUGGACCUCGGAUUGUCCACGAUCAGACGAGGAAGAUAAGCAGGGUGUGGAUGCCAUUAAAGGAGAGGACGGGAGCUCCAAUCAAGAAGCAGAAGAAGCAACGGAACCAGCAAGUGUGGAGGAAGAAGAAAGUUUAAGACAGGAACUGGAGGAGAUAGAAGCUAAGUAUCAGGAAGAAAUGAAAGAGAUCGCAAAGAAAAGAGAAGAAGCAAUAAUGGAGACAAAGAAAAAGCUGUCACUGAAGAAAGUAGAACAAGCUGAGUAGCCAAAAAACACGGCAAAGACGCCCUUUGUUUUUUCUGCUUUAUGAGUUGAUUUGUUCGUAAGAAGAAGAAGCACUUCGCUUAGGAUGAAGAGUUUCUAUGCGUUUUACUGUUUCUUCAUUGUGGUUGAGGAUUUUGAUUUGGUAGAAUGAUUAUACGGAUGAUGUUAGAAAAUGUCAGCGAUGUUCUUCAUUUUUUUUACUCUAUACUUGUAGAAAACUACGAUGAC